AUGAACCCCAAAAACCCUAGAAAAUGGCAGUUCACAUGGGAAGAUGAUCACAAUUGGCUGGAGGAGCUUCUCCAGGCGGUUGACAAAGACACGGAUGGUUCCGAUGGUGUGGUGGUAGUUGGAGAAAACACACCCCCAAAGUCGAAGCUUAAGUCCUGCAGAUCGUCUAAACUGGUCAGGGAUUUCGAGGAUGAUGAUGAUUGUGUGAUUUUGGAUGGCGAUCCGGAUAAGCCCGAUCAACCGGUGAAGGAUACAGCGGACAGUGAUGAGGAUGAGCUUCUUGUUGUGGGCGAGAUAGAGGCUCACGAAUUGGUAAUUUAG